AUGAGACGUGGGCUUCACAAAGACCGGAGUGUCUGGACAGCCCAAAGGGACAGCUCACAGGGACAGCUCACAGGGACAGCUCACAGGGACAGCUCACAGGGACAGCUCACAGGGACAGCUCACAGGGACAGCUCACAGGGACAGCUCACAGGGACAGCUCACAGGGACAGCUCACAGGGACAGCUCACAGGGACAGCUCACAGGGACAGAAGGGGCGGGGAAGAGGUGCUGGACACGGCGGAGCCUUCGCGUCGCUUUCGCGGUGCGGAUGCGUUGCUUUCGCGGUGCGGAUGCGUCGCUUUCGCGGUGCGGAUGCGUCGCUUUCGCGGUGCGGAUGCGUCGCUUUCGCGGUGCGGAUGCGUCGCUUUCGCGGUGCGGAUGCGUCGCGGAUGCGUCGCUUUCGCGGUGCGGAUGCGUCGCUUUCGCGGUGCGGAUGCGUCGCUUUCGCGGUGCGGAUGCGUCGCUUUCGCGGUGCGGAUGCGUCGCUUUCGCGGUGCGGAUGCGUCGCGGAUGCGUCGAGGUGCGGAUGCGUCGAGGUGCGGAUGCGUCGCGGAUGCGUCGAGGUGCGGAUGCGUCGAGGUGCGGAUGCGUUGUGGAUGCGUCGAGGUGCGGAUGCGUCGUGGAUGCGUCGAGGUGCGGAUGCGUCGAGGUGCGGAUGCGUCGUGGAUGCGUCGAGGUGCGGAUGCGUCGAGGUGCGGAUGCGUCGAGGUGCGGAUGCGUCGCGGAUGCGUCGAGGUGCGGAUGCGUCGCGGAUGCGUCGCGGAUGCGUCGCGGAUGCGUCGCGGAUGCGUUGAGGUGGUGGCCCAGGCGGUGCUCUUCCUCUGUGUGAACACAGCAGGAGUCUUCAUCAGUUACCUGUCAGACCGAGCGCAGAGACAGGCCUUUCUGGAAACACGCCGCUGCAUCGAGGCUCGACUCAGACUGGAGACAGAGAACCAGAGACAGGAGCGCCUGGUUCUCUCGGUGCUGCCGCGGUUCGUUGUCCUGGAGAUGAUCAACGACAUGAACAACGUCGAGGACGAGAAUCUGCAGCAUCAGUUUCACCGCAUCUACAUCCACCGCUACGAGAACGUCAGCAUUCUUUUCGCAGACGUCAAAGGUUUCACAAACCUGUCGACGACGCUGUCGGCGCAGGAGCUGGUGCGAAUGCUCAACGAACUGUUCGCACGCUUCGACCGCCUCGCACACGAGCACCACUGUCUGAGGAUCAAGAUCUUGGGCGACUGUUAUUAUUGUGUGUCCGGUCUCCCAGAGCCACGCCCUGACCACGCCCACUGCUGCGUGGAGAUGGGCCUCAGCAUGAUCAAGACCAUCAGUGUCUUCUGUGACUCACCCUCUGCUUCCCCCUUGCCCCUCCCCCCUGCUGCCCCCCCUGCCCUCCCCCCUCCCCCUCGCUGCCCCCCUCCUGCCCUCUGCCCCCCUAUGCACUCCCUCUCCUACCCCCGCCCCCCCUGCCCUCCCCCUCUCCCGCCUGCCCUCCCCCACUGCCCCUGCCCCCCCCCCCCCACCCCCCCCCCCUCCUCUCCCCCACGCUCCCCCCUGCCCCCCCCCCCCCCCCCCCACCCCCACUCCCUCCCCCACCUGCCUCACCCUCCGACCCUGCCCCCCCUGCUCCCCACCCCCCCCUCCCCACCCCCCCCCCCCUCCACCCCCCACCCCCCCCUCCCCCUCCCCCCCCCUACUCCCCCCCUGCCAGCCCUCCCCCAACCCCCUGCUACCUCUCCCCCCUCUCCCCUGAGCGUCCCCCCCCCUCGCCCCCACCCUCUGCUUCCCCCACUCUGCCCCUCCCCCCUUCUGCCUCCCCCCCCCCCUGCUCCCUCCCCCCCUCGCCACCCCUUGCCGCCCCCCCCUGCUGCCCCCCCCCUCCCCCCUCCCCCUGCCCCCCUCCCCUGCCCCCCCCCCUCCCUCCCCUGCCCCCCCCCUCCCUCCCCUCCCCCUCCCUCCCCCAUCUGCCCCCCUUCCUCCCCCCUCCCCCGCCCCCCCCCCUCCCUCCCCCUCCCUCCCCCUGCCCCCCCCCCCCGCCUCCCUCCGCCCUCCCCCCCCCCUCCUCUCCCUGCACCUCCCCCCCUUCCCCCCUCUCCCCCGCCCCUCCCACCCCCCCCUUGCACUUCCCCUCCCCCUCCCCCCGCCUCCCCCUUGCCCCCCCCCGCCCCCCCUCCCCUCCCUCCUACCCCCCCUGCUGCCCCCUCCCCCCCCUGCCUCCCCCCCCUCCCCUCAGCCUCCCCUGCUCCUCCCUCUUCUCCUCCCCUGCCCCCCCCGCCUCCCCUGCCCCUCUCCUCCCCCCUGCUCCUCUCCCCGCCCCCCCCUCUGCCCUCCCCCCUGCUCCUCCCUGCCCUGCCCCCCCUGCCUCCACCUGCUCCCCCUGCCUCCCCCUCCCCCUCCCUCCCUCGCUGCCCCCCCCCCUCGCCCUCCCCCUCCCUCCUGCCCUGCUCCCCCUCCUCUGCCCUCCCCCGCCUCCCCCUCCCUCCCCCCCUGCCUCCCCUCGCCUCCCUCCUGCCUCCCCCCUCCCCUCCCCUCCUCCCCCUGCCCCCUCCCUCCCUCGCCUCCCCCCUGCCUCCCCCUCCCUCCCCCUCCCUGCCCCCCCCUGCUCCCUCCUCCCUCCCCCUGCCUCCCUCCCUGGCCCCUCCCCCUCGCUGCCUUCCCCCUGGCCUCCCCUCCUCCCUCCCCCUAGCCUCCCCCUGCCUCCCCCUCUCCUCCCCUCCCUGCCUCCCCCUGCCCCCCCUGCUCCCUCCCUCCUCCCUCCCCCUGCCCCCCACCCCUCCCCCCCUCCCCUCGCCUCCUCCUCCCCCCUGCCCUCCCCCUCCCCUGCCUCCCCCCCUGCCCCCUGCUCCCCCCCCUCCCCUCCCCCCUGCCUACCCCCUCCCCCCUCUCCUCCCCCCUCCCCCUCUCCCCCUCCCUCCCCCUCCUGCCCCCCUGCCUCCCCCCCUGCUCCUCGCCCUCCCCUGCCCCCCCCUGCCUCCCCCCUCCCCCUCUCCCCUGCCUCCCCUCCGCUCCCCCCCUCUCCCCUCCCCUCCCUCCUCCCCCCUCCCCCCCCCCCCUCCCUGCCCCUCCUGCCCCCCGCCUCCUCCCUCCUCCCCUCCGCCCCCCCCCCUCCUUCCCCUGCCUCCCCCUCCCCUGCCUCCCCCUCCCCUCCCCUGCCCCUUCCCCUGCCUCCCCUCCGCCCCUGCCCCUCCUCCCCCGCCUCCCCCUCCUGCCUCCUCCCCCUGCCCCCCUCCCCUCUCCUCCUUCUCCCCCCCUCCCUCCUCCCCCUCCCCCCCCCCUCCCCUCCUCCCUCCCCUCCUGCCCCCUCCCCCUCCCCCCUGCCCUCCUCCCUCUCCCCCUCCUGCCUCCCCCCUGCCCCCCCUCCUCCCUUCCCCUCCCUCCUGCCUCCCCCCUGCCCUCCCCCCCCUCCUGCCUCCCCCCUGCCCUCCCCCCCCUGCCCCCUCCCCCUCCCCUCCCCCCUGCCCCCCCCUCUGCCCCCCCCCCGCCCUCCCCCUCCCCCCCUCUUCCUCUCCCGCCCCCCCUCCCCCUCCCUCCCCCUCCCCCUCCCCUCCUCCCCCCUCCUCCCCCUCUUGCCCUCCACCCCCUCCUGCCUCCCCUCCUGCCCCCUGUCCUCCCCCCGCCUCCCCCUCCCCUCCCCCCUCCCCCCUCCUCCUCCCUGCCCCCCCCUGCCCUCCACCCUCCUCCCCCCUGCUCCUGCCCCUGUCCCCUCCCCCUCCCCCCUGCUCCCCCCUCCUCCUCCCUCUCGCUCCCCCUCCCCCUCUCCUCCCCCUGCCUUCCCCCCUGCCUCCCCCUGCCCCCCCCCCCUGCCCCCCCUUGCCUCCCCCUGCCUCCCCCUCCUGCCUCCCCCCUGCCUCCCCCUAA